CCUAUGUCGGCUCAGACCAAAUAAAACCCGAGUCGGUCCCCGCUAUUUGUCAAUGAAGGAUACAAAAAGAAGCUAGGGUUAGGAUAUCUUACCACGAGCAUCAGAUUGAUUUCCACCGAUUUCUGAUCGUCUUCGCCUCUAAGCAAAGAAGCAGCCAGAUCAGAAACCAUGCCGAAGAAUAAGGGAAAGGGAGGGAAGAAUAGAAAGAGAGGAAAGAACGAAGCAGAUGAUGAAAAGCGGGAGCUUGUUUUUAAAGAAGAUGGGCAGGAGUAUGCUCAAGUGCUUCGUAUGCUUGGUAAUGGCAGAUGUGAGGCCAUGUGUAUGACGGAACCAAACGUCUUGCACAUCCGUGGUAAGAUGCACAAGAAGGUUUGGAUUGCAGCUGGUGAUAUUAUACUUGUUGGGCUUCGUGACUAUCAGGAUGACAAGGCUGAUGUGAUCCUCAAGUACACUGAUGAAGCCAGGCUCCUAAGCUAUGGGGAGCUGCCAGAGAGUACUCGUCUCAAUGAGGGCAUUGCUGGAGGUCUUGAUGAAGAGGAUGAAGGUGCUGGCGAUGAUUAUAUUGAGUUUGAGGAUGAAGAUAUUGAUAAGAUAUAGGUUUUGUGAAUUGACUCAUUUUGGAUUGUAUCUUUAAUUCCAAAGAGAUCUUUUAUGAUGUUGAUUUUAUUGAAAGCCUAUAUAAGGAUUGCAUGUCUCAUGUACCACCCCCGUAUUAAAAUUCGACAGCUUUUAUAUUUUGAA